AUGGCGGAGGAGCCGUCUACCAAGCGUCACUGUGGCGAGACGUCCGACCAGAGCAUCAAGGAAGAGCAGAGCAUCAAGGAAGACGACGUUCAGGUCCCCGAGACGCUGGAGGUCGUCUGCACCAGCAAUCCAGACACUGCCAACGAAAUGCUCACGAGGCUCUUCAUGAAAGCCGUCGGCAGGUAUCCUAGAUUCGUCGGCGUUGAUGUGGAGUAUACCAGGGAUGAAGAACCUCCGCAGUACGCAGCAGUUCUGCAGUUAUGCGUGGAUGAACUCUGCCUGGUCUACCACAUCGUUGCGGCCACAAAAUGGCCCAAGCGCCUCAAGAGCUUCCUCCAGGAGAAGAAGUUGUUCACCUUUGCCGGUUUCAGCAUUCAUAAUGACAAACAGAUGCUGAAGAUGUCUGGUUUGGAGAUCAACCCCGAAAAGUACAUCGACAUUCAGAAAAACUAUAGAGUUCCAUAUGCCGGCAGAAAGAAGCAGUACGACUCCUUGGCUGAUGUUGCAGCCAGCGUCAUCCACCCAUUGUACCAAAACAUGAAGAAGAAGAUCAACAGGACCGAAGACCAUAAACUGUGGGGGAUCAGCCCGCUGCCAGAAUACCUCAUCGAGUACGCAGCGAAGGAUGCGUACGCCACCUACAAGGCUUGGAAGAUAAUAGACAACAUCAAAUCAGGUGUGGAAAUUUCAGAAGCACAGGAGGCUGACCCCUACUACCACUGCCACUACGCGGCAUGA